CGAGAAAACCCAGCCGGAGUGUGCGGCGCGGGACGGGAAAAGAGCGAGCCGGGCAGCGGGGCGGGCAAGCAGCAGCAGCAGCAGCAGUAGGCAGGGGGCGGCAGCCACAGCCAGGCAACCCCCGAGUUCCGUUCGUCUGUCAGUGCACUUCGCCGGUGAAGCGCAGCGCGCAGCGGAGCGCCCCGAGCGAGCCGUCCCGCCGGCACCGCCGCUCUUCUCUCUCGACUAGCAGGGGCUCCUCGAGCUCGGGGGCACCCGGGGUGGACACAGACACCCCGGCCCAGGGGCAGCGGCCGCCCCCGACUACUUUCCCAGUGGCACAAGUGGUUCUCUGAACUUUUGGCGGAGCUCGGAGAAGGGGGAGCGGGCGCCCCGAUCCGGAGGAGAGAGGAGGGGGCUGCGGCUACCGGCGCCCCCAGACCCAAGCCAGCCUGCAAGAGGCGCGGACCCCCGGCUCCUAGCGCGCUCCGGCGGACCCUCAUUCUCUCUGUCCUCUUCCCCCGGCCGGGCUCCCUCGCCCGCGCCCGGGAGAGCCACUGUCACCCGCCGGUGCCCGUCGCCGGCCACUCAACCCGAGAGGGGACGCGUCGGCCACCGCCACUUUUCAAACCCGAGCCUAGGACCGCGCGCGGGAGUAGAGGCAGCGGAGGGAGCGCGCCGCGCGGCCGGGCCAAGGGAAGGGGCCAGCCAGGCUCAAGACCUCCCGGCUGAGUCGGGUGCGGAGUGCACCUUCAAGCCCCACUCUGUUUACGAACUUUGCCAGCCGCAGCAGACGGGCGGACUGACCGAUUCUCGCAGCACAGACCGGACAGACAGACAGACGGACGCACCGAGGUCCGCACACGGCCAGCUCGGAGGGGACCUGUUCUGUUCUAUGACUACAAAGAUGGAAACUACUUUCUACGACGAUGCCCUCAACGCCGCCUUCGUGCAGCCUGAAAGCGGCGGCUACGGCUACAGUCACGCCAAGGUGCUCAAGCAAAGCCUGACCCUGAACUUGGCUGACCCCGUGAGCAGCCUCAAGCCCCACCUGCGCAACAAGAACCCGGACCUGCUGACCUCGCCCGACGUUGGGCUGCUCAAGCUCGCCUCCCCGGAGCUCGAGCGCCUCAUCAUCCAGUCCAGCAACGGGCUCAUCACCACCACGCCCACGCCCACGCAGUUCCUGUGCCCCAAGAACGUGACGGACGAGCAGGAGGGCUUCGCCGAGGGCUUCGUGCGCGCCCUGGCCGAACUGCACAGCCAGAACACGCUCCCGGGCGUCCCCUCGGCCGCCGCGCAGCCCGGGAACGCCUCCGUGGCCGCGGGCAUGGUGGCUCCGCCCGUAGCCGCGGCUGGGGGCUUCGGCGGCCUGCAUAGCGAGCCCCCAGUAUACGCGAACUUGAGCAACUUCACCCCCAGCUCGGCGCUGGGCUCCGCGCCCGCCUACAGCGGUGCAGCCGGCGGGGCCGGGGCCGGCAGCGGCGGCGGCAGCCUGGGCUUCCCCCAGCAGCCCGCGGCCCCGCAGCAGCAGGCGCAGCCGCCCAACCCGCAGCCGCCCCUGGGCCCGCAGCUGCCGGGGGUGCAGCACCCGCGGCUGCAGGCGCUCAAGGAGGAGCCGCAGACGGUGCCCGAGAUGCCCGGGGAGACCCCGCCGUUGUCCCCUAUCGAUAUGGAGUCUCAGGAGCGCAUCAAGGCGGAGAGGAAGCGAAUGAGGAACCGCAUCGCCGCGUCCAAGUGCCGGAAAAGGAAGCUGGAGCGCAUCGCCCGGCUGGAGGAAAAGGUGAAAACUUUGAAAGCCCAGAACUCGGAGCUGGCGUCCACUGCCAACAUGCUCAGGGAACAGGUGGCCCAGCUGAAGCAGAAAGUCAUGAACCACGUGAACAGCGGCUGCCAGCUCAUGCUAACGCAACAGUUGCAAACGUUUUGAGCAGCCCUGGGGGACGAGACGUGGACUUGGUUGGACUGGCACGUUGGUUUGCGUUGGAAAGAGACACGGACACGCACAGACUAUAGAUCAGGCUUGACCAGUGCUGAGCCAGGGACUGGGGCUCCCCCACGCCCCCCACGCACACGUGGGGGCAGGACUGGCCCAGCCUGGGGCCUGGAGCUAGCCCGGAGCGGCCAAGCCCCCCUCCUCCGCAGGACCACUUGGCAGAGGGCAUGGCCCCACCCCCACCCGCCCUGCCGGACCUGGAGGGCAGAACCUGUCAGCUCUGUGUUUAACAUUGACCAAGAACUGCAUGGACCUCUAACAUUCGAUGAUCAUUCAGUAUUAAAAGGUUUCCAAACAAACAAACAAAAAAAGACAAAAAAAAAAAAAACUUCCAUAGAGACUGUAGUUUGCUUCUGUAGUACUCUUCGAAAAACUGGGGGGAGGCGGGAGGGAGGUUUCUUAAGAGAAAAAAAGGGGGGGUGGAAGGGUAAGAAUACCGAGGACUCCACUUGCCUGCCUUUCAGUUAACUGUGUAUGUAUAUACAUUUUUUUUAUUUGAUGAAAGCUGAUUAAUGUCAAUAAACAGCUUCAUGCCUUUGUAAGUUAUUUUACGUUUUGUCUUGUUCCGUUUGGGCCCUACCAAGCUUUGUUUGUAAAUAAGAGAUUUGGAACACUCUGGGCAUUUGCCCUUUGUAAUAAAGUAUAUAAUUUUUUUAUGCUUUU